AUGUCGAACCCAGCAUUCGAAAAUCAAGGUCUGGUCUUGGCCAUAAUGUCCUCUGUAUUUCUACUCGUAGUCGUGCUCUACCGUGGCUACAGAGCCCGUCGAUUUUACCGGGACUUGCCUGGUCCUCCACAUAGUUGGUUAUGGGGUCACAUCUCCAUAUUCAGAGACAUCACGACGUCAAUGCCUCCGAACUCCAUGCCUCAGCUAUACUACACCGAAAUCGCACACCGAUACAAUCUCCAGGGCAUAUUCUACCUUGACCUGUGGCCCAUCGGUCCUGGACUUGUCAUCAUAACGGAUCCAAAACUCAUUGAGCAGGCUCCUAUCCCCAGGCCUUUAGUUCCACAUCCCAUGACCAACACGUUCAUUACUCCCAUAGCUGGAGAAAACAACAUUCCAACCAAGGGCGGUACGGAGUGGAAGAAGCUUCACAAUUUAAUGAGCCCUGCGUUCUCGAACGCACAUGCCCGCAGUCUGGUGAGCGUUAUGGUCGAUGCGAGUAGGAUGCUCAGAAGCAAACUGGAUGGAUUCUCUGUAACGGGGCAGGUAUUCUCUAUGGAAGAUUUGAUGAUCAAGGUAAUGUUCGAAAUUGUUUCGCGUCAUAUUCUCAAUGCCGGUUCGUGCGCUCAAAAAGCAGGGAGACAAGAUCUUAAGGACAUGAGAGAACUGGUCGACCUUGCACAGGAAGAAAGCAAUCCGUUUAUCGCAUAUAAUCCACUUGUACAGAUUCCUCGACGUCUAAGAAGGCAUUUUGUUCGAAGAAAACUUGAGGCCUCCCUCCUUGGAUUGGUCUAUAAGAGACUCGAGGUUCUUAUUACUGAAGGGAUUGUUCCAUCGAAUAAAGAUCCGACUAGCGUCCUCGAUCUUAUGCUUCGCGAACAUGUGGAGUCUGCGAUAAGAGAGAAGGAACAAGGUCGCAAUGACUCUAUGAAACUUUCUACACCUGAGGAAAAGCAGUUUGUUAGCUAG